UGUUUUUACAUACUGACAUACCGUCAGAAUAACCCCCACACGCCCAAAUUAAGCUAGCAUCGGACAAGAGCGAGUACUCUGUCCUUCUUGCGCAUACACCCACAGGGGUCAGGGCUCUCAAGUCUCACGCAUUCGGCGUGAGACACGCGCAAUUCAACCCAUGCACACGCUUUGCAUUGGUGGAAAUGGGUAGGGGGAGUGGUUAAGUAGAGCCUUCCGAUUGGACGGUUUGACUUUAGAGUUACCGUCAUGUUUUGUAUUUAUUUUUUUACCAUUAUUGUUUUAUGGGGGACAAACAUUAACACAUUUCUCCUACAGGGGAUUGAUAAAGUUAUAUCUAUUGAACAGAUAGAAACACUGGGUCAUACUUUACACACUUUACCACAGCAUUGGCCUACUGAAUGCCACAGAUAUAUUUUAAGCAUUGGACUGAAUGCCACAUAAAUAUAUAAUUAUGUUUUUGCACGUUUGCAACGUUUAAAAGUUCAGGGAAAAGUAUAUGCCUCUACUGGUGUUGCUUAGGCCAAUAUCCUUUUGAGGCAGUGGUGUUUCUGAAUAUUAGUGUUAAGUGCCAAUAAUGCUUACUAUCAUACAUUAGUCCCCAUAUCUGUGGACACAUUUGUACGCAGUCGCAUAUUAAUAUAUACCCCCCCCCCACCCCCCCUGCCGCCUGCAACAAAAUCUCACUCUGAACUCAGUUCAAAACUUGAGAGCCCUGCACCCAUAUUACCACAACUCCAUGCCUAGUGCCUGUGGAUUAAUGCUUCACUAUGACUGUUGGGCAGACAAUGCCUUUUUUACUGCAUAUAAUUUCGCCUUGCUCUGGUCUCGCCCCAGACGCGAUAAUAAAUAACCUAAUCUGAAUUACAAGAGAAUGCUGUGUUUUGUUGAUAAACUUUUAAAUUUGUUUGGUCUUUUACAUGGCAAUCAUAUCAAAGAGAUGUGACAUGGCUGUUAUUAUCCAUUAGCACAUGCAAUCCAUUGACUCUUUUUCCAGUGUUGCUCUCAACAAAAACAUAAUGUAGCUUAAGCUUCUUAGGUCCACUUGGAUACAGGAAUGGACAGGUUUAUACAACAGUUGGCCUUAAACCAUUUGACACAUACCCUUCCCAGGGAUUAAACAAAAAUAUUCUAAUUCUUGACCUCAAUGACAUGUUUUAUUAUGCCAGACGUCGAUGUACUCGCGUCAUUCUAUCCAUGGAGCACAAUGGAUAACGACCACCAUCUCCUCCCAUCACUUUAACCCCAACCCCCUCCCACUUUCCCGGUUUCAGGUUGUUGCUCUGCAGGUUUGGGGGAAAUCCUUAACUGGAUUGCGUCAGAGCUACGUCAAUAAUCUCUCAUUCACUGACGUUUAGGUACCACAGUAGCCGCCAUAUUCGCAUCUAUGGCAGGGUAGCGGUGUUUGGUGAGCGUAUGGUACAGUCAACAGAAUCAACUAUUCAGACACCAGCCCCCCUUUUCUAAGCACAUAGCUGUUAUCCGUCGUAUUAGCGUGUUUGUGUGCGAUCAUCACGACCGAACAUCCGGACUUCCAAAUAGGGGAGACAUGCAACGUGGAGCGGGGGUCUAGGUUGCCUACGAUGCCUUUCUCCGAGCCAGCGGAAUCCUGGCACAAGAUGGAGGUAAAUAGCGUUAGUAGCGAGGUCAACGGACAUCAGAUCAUGGACGAGCCCAUGGAGGAGGAAGAGCCUUUCACGGACUGUGACGAUGAGGGGGGUUAUAAGGAGAUCCCCAUCACCCACCAUGUGAAAGAGGGCUGUGAGAAGGCAGACCCGUCGCAGUUCGAACUGCUCAAGGUCCUGGGCCAGGGCUCUUUCGGCAAGGUGUUUCUCGUCAGGAAGAUCAUGGGUCCAGAUGCUGGUCAGUUAUAUGCAAUGAAAGUACUGAAAAAGGCAUCGUUGAAAGUCAGGGACAGAGUUCGCACCAAGAUGGAGAGAGACAUUUUAGUGGAGGUCAAUCACCCCUUCAUAGUGAAAUUGCACUAUGCAUUUCAGACCGAAGGAAAACUGUAUUUAAUACUGGACUUUCUAAGGGGAGGAGAUGUAUUCACUCGUUUAUCCAAAGAGGUUAUGUUUACAGAGGAGGAUGUGAAAUUCUACCUUGCAGAGCUGGCCCUGGCCCUAGACCAUCUGCACACACUGGGCAUAGUUUACAGAGAUCUCAAACCAGAGAAUAUAUUACUUGAUGAAGCUGGCCAUAUCAAGUUAACAGACUUUGGGUUGAGUAAGGAGUCAGUAGAUGCUGAUAAGAAGGCAUAUUCCUUCUGUGGUACAGUGGAGUAUAUGGCCCCUGAGGUGGUCAACAGGAGAGGACACACACAGAGCGCUGACUGGUGGUCGCUAGGCGUGCUAAUGUUUGAGAUGCUAACGGGGACAUUACCGUUCCAAGGGAAAGACCGCAACGAGACCAUGAACAUGAUUCUCAAAGCUAAGCUGGGUAUGCCACAGUUCCUGAGUCUGGAGGCACAGAGUUUGCUGAGAAUGCUGUUCAAACGUAACCCUGCCAACAGACUCGGCGCCGGGGCUGAUGGUGUGGAAGAGAUCAAACGGCACGCUUUCUUUUCCACUAUUGACUGGAAUAAGCUGUACAGGAGGGAGCUCCAGCCCCCGUUCAAACCAGCCGCAGGCAAGCCAGAUGACACGUUCUGCUUUGACCCCGAGUUCACCGCUAAAACUCCUAAAGAUUCUCCUGGUAUCCCUCCCAGUGCGAACGCCCACCAGCUCUUCAAAGGCUUCAGCUUCGUGGCCCCGGCGCCGUUCGAGGAGAACGCAAAGGGCUCGCCCCUGCUCAGCAUACUGCCUAUAGUUCAGAUGCACACAGGCUCGGCGCAGUUCUCUGACCUCUACGACCUCCAUGAGGACAUCGGCGUGGGCUCGUACUCCAUCUGCAAGCGCUGCGUGCAUCGGGUCUCCUCCACCGACUACGCCGCCAAGAUUAUAGACAAGAGUAAGAGGGACCCGUCGGAAGAGAUUGAAAUCCUGAUGAGAUACGGACAGCAUCCCAACAUCAUCACCCUCAAAGACGUGUACGACGAGGGGCGGUAUGUGUACGUGGUGACGGAGCUGAUGAAGGGUGGAGAGCUGCUGGACAAGAUCCUCAGGCAGAAGUUCUUCUCGGAGCGGGAGGCCAGCGCGGUUCUCUACACCAUCACCAAGACCGUUGACUACCUCCACUGCCAAGGGGUGGUCCACCGAGACUUGAAGCCCAGCAACAUCCUGUACAUGGACGACUCAGGGAACCCUGACUCCAUCCGGAUCUGUGACUUUGGCUUCGCUAAGCAGCUCCGCGGGGGGAACGGCCUGCUGCUCACUCCCUGCUACACCGCCAACUUUGUGGCCCCAGAGGUACUAAUGCGGCAAGGUUACGACGCGGCGUGUGACAUUUGGAGCCUGGGGGUGUUGCUGUACACGAUGCUCGCUGGGUACACGCCGUUCGCCAACGGACCCAACGACACCCCAGAGGACAUUCUGCUGCGAAUAGGCUCGGGGAAGUUCUCCCUCACCGGCGGAAACUGGGACACUGUGUCCAACACCUCAAAGGACCUGCUAUCCCACAUGCUGCAUGUGGAUCCUCACCAGCGCUACACGGCAGAGCAGGUGCUGAAGCACGCCUGGAUCACCUGUCGGGACACACUGCCUCACUUUCAGCUCACACGGCACGACGCACCUCACCUGGUCAAGGGAGCCAUGGCGGCCACAUAUUCAGCGCUGAGCCAGAAGUCGAGCCAGCCGCUGCUGGAGCCCGUGGCCGCAUCCAGCCUGGCCCAGAGACGCAGCAUGAAGAAACUCACCUCCACGGACAUGUAGACACACAACCAUACACGCGCACGCACACACACACACACACACACACACACACACACACACACACACACACACACACACACACACACAUGCAUAAACAUGCACACGCAUAAACAUACACACAGUCCCAAUUCCUGGCCAGUAGACUGUCUCCCUUUUUAAGCUAUUUAUUUUGAUAAACCUACGAAGUACUGCACACACACAGAAACACACACAUUCACAAAGAGCACCACACAGACACAUAGACACAGACACGCAUACAGACACACACGAACACAAACCAAAUGGAUGGAAGAGGAAGAGGGACGAGCAGUUCUGUUACUGCCUGGGAUACACAUUUGUAUUUAUUCCCACUUCUUCUUUCGUAUGCACUUGCCCUCCUCUCUCCCCCUCUCGCCUUUCCAACUCUCUUCCUCGCUACGUGAGGUAGAGGGGCACCAGCUGAUGAUGUUCUUCUUCACUGUGAUUGGCUGAUUCAAAAAGCUGCUUCGGUAAACUGUGGCCCUAGCCCCUCCCCCUCAUCCUUACCCUCCACCCCCCCCCCCUCACCCGAUUGCUCUCUGCCCCCUCCUGGUUCUCUUCUCUUUUUUUUUUAUACUUAAAUUUCUCUAUCGUUGCUUUUUUUUUCUCUUUAUGUCCUCUUAAGUGAACUAAUGUAUUUGAGUGUGUGAGUGUUUUAUUGAUGAUAUUGAUCACAGAAGUAGAACUCCCAGGCUCUGUCUCGCAGCUGCUGGGAGAGGCUGUCGGGCGAAACACACACACACACACACACACACACACUCAGACACAGACCCAGACACGCAGUCACAGACACGGUGCAGGGUCGGGUCGCGACCUCCGUGUCAACAUCAUUGUGCGACACUUGUGCGCGGAUACAUGCAUGUGUGCAACAACAUGGAUUUCUAUCUGCGUUAAACAUGCACUUUUGGCAGCUUUGCUUUGUGAUAACGACAAUGUAUCAGAAGAGUUUAUGCUGCAGAUACAAAAUUAAUAAUAAUAAUAAUAAUAAUAAUAAUAAUAAUAAUACAAAAACAAUGCCGUUGAGGUCAAAGUUCAAAGAAUGUGUCAACGCUGGGGAUGGCAUGUUGAUGUGAUGACGAUGAUGAAAAUGAACACUGGGGCAGUAGCUGUAGGGGGUUCCCUUAGUUGUGUGUGUGUGUGGGGGGGGGGGGGGGUAGGAGGCUCGUCUCAAGACAGACCGAAUAUACAAAACAAAACCAACGACCACCCAACCAGAUCAUUUCCAAGGAUAUCUCUUCAAAAAGACGUUGCGGAAAUUGUACCAUAUUGUAUUUAUUUCAUUUAAUUUUUAAGAUUCUAUUUUUCUUUCAAGUUCUGUAUAUAUUGGCAUUAAAGAUCAUUAUUGACAUGCAUUUUGUUGUGUAUCCGGGUGUUUCUUUAAAAAUGUUAUCGCUGAUAAACAAUGGACCAUGUUAACU